AAAUUUGAAGAAAGUGGGACACCCCUAUGUCUCAAGUCAUCAUCCACUAAGAGGGGAAAAGAAUUAGGGUUUUCUUUUCAGCACUUUUCAUUCCCAGAACCACCGCCUCCGGCCGUCCGACGACGAUGCCGAAACUUUCCCUCUCUCACCUCUAUUCUCUCUUCCGGUCGUCUUCUCUCCGUCAUGGCCCUUCCUUUUCUCCCUCUCGCCUCUCCAUUUCUCCAUUCAUCGGCUCAGAUUCGCGUUCCUCCAUGUCCUCUAUCCACCGAUCAGAUCUCACUGGAUCCAUUCGACUAGACAACCAGCUCUCAGGCUGUCUCGACCUUUCGCAAGGUGAUUCUGCGAAUGUUGGUCGGGAGAUUGUAGGACGUGGAUGGAAAUCCACGGGAGCUCAGGGUUCUUGUUGGAGUUUGGGGCGUUCAAGUGAAUGUGUCUCCGUUUCUCAUUCCACUAGCUAUAGAUGUUAUGGACAGUACGACAACCGGCCAAAUGCUGAUACAGGAAGGAAUCUUAAUUCUAUGAGCUUCGUUAGGGAUACUUUAGAGGAAGGUGGAAGGUAUUUUACGGGUAGUUCCCGGUUCUUUAGACAACCCAAUAUGGAACACAAUGCUGAUAUUGUCCAUGUAAAGCUACUGCGUAACAAUACAUUUAUCACUGUUACGGAUAACAAGGGAAAUACAAAGCUCAAGGCCUCUGCUGGUCGUCUUGAAGAACUUAAAGGAGGGCCCAAACUUUCCCGUUAUGCUGCUGAAGCAGUUGCAGAGUAUGUUGGUCGUGAAUCUAGAAAAUUGGGGCUAAAAUCAGUUGUGAUGAGGGUGAAAGGCUUUACUAUAUUUAAGAGGAAAAGGCAAGCGAUCAUUAGUUGGAGAGCUGGAUUCACUGAUUCUAGAAGUGAUCAAAAUCCUAUUGUCUACAUUGAAGAUACUACAAGACGUGCUCACAAUGGUUGCCGACUCCCAAAGCAGCGCCGUGUCUAGAUCUUGCUAAUACAACAACAAAUUGGUGAUGAGGUCUUUGUUUCAUCUUUGUUGGCUCGGUUCGAGUUGAUGUAGCUUGCCUUAAGUUUUUACUUGCUUAUUUCCAUAAUGAUGACAAUUGGGAUGUUUCUAUAUUACAUCAGUAUAAAAUUUUCCUGGUUUAAAUUGAUGUAGCUUGCCUUCAAGUUCUUUCUUGCUUAUUGUAAUAAUGAUGACAAUUGGAUGGUUUUUCUAUAUACAUCAGUGUAAAACAAUUGCUUUUUAGUUAGUUCUAUUUGGACUUCAUUUCAAUAGAAGGAUAUCAAGAAUUCAAGUGGCCCCA